AUGCCAUCCCUCCCGUCAACAAUGAAAGCCGUCGUCCUACCCGAGAUCGGUCCCUCCUCCAAACUUCAGUACACCGACUCUCAACCCCUGCCCACCCUCAAGCCAGGCCAGCUCCUCGUGAAAAACGCCUAUGCCGGGAUCAAUUAUAUCGACACCUAUUUCCGCAGCGGCCUUUACCCCUCCGCCGUAGGCUACCCCAUGAUCUUAGGCCAAGAAGCCGCCGGAAUCGUCGCUGAUGUCUCUUCUGAAGGCGACACCCUGGGCUUCAAGACCGGUGACCGGGUCGUGUGGAUCGCCCAGGGCGGCUAUGCGGAAUACACUGCCGUACCUGCGCAUCGGACGAUCAAGAUCCCCGAGGGUCUGUCCGACGACCAGGCUGUCGGAGGGUUUCUUAUGGGCAUGACUGCCCUGUCGCUCGUUCGGGAAUCUUAUCCUGUGCAAAAAGGCGACAAAGUUUUAGUUCAUGCCGCUGCUGGUGGCGUCGGAUUGCUGCUGUGCCAGCUACUGCGCGACAUAGGCGCUUACACAAUCGGUACGGCUGGAAGUCCAGAGAAAUGUAAGCUAGCGGAGCAGUAUGGCGCAAACGUGACCAUCGACUAUAACGCCAAUACCAACUGGGUGGAGAAGGUGAAGGAGCUGACAGAUGGAAACGGCGUGGACGUUGUGUAUGAUAGUGUGGGUAAGACGACCUUUGAUGGAAGUCUGGAUUCUAUCAAACGAAAGGGCAAAUUCGUGCAAUUUGGCUCUGCAUCCGGCCCACCACCUCCGCUCAACAUUGCACGACUCUCACCCAAGAAUAUCUCCCUCAUGCGAAUGACGGUCAUGUCCUACAUCGUGACACGCGAAGAGAUCGAGUACUACGGCAACGCCGUGCUCAACUUGAUCAAGGACGGCAAAUUGAAGAUCAAUGUCCACAAGGCGUAUGAUCUGAAGGACGCGAAGCAGGCACAGGAUGAUCUCGAGGGGAGAAAAACUACGGGCAAGAGUUUGUUGAAGCUGUGA